AUGCCCGUCGUAGGCUUUUUCAUGUCGAGCGAUCCUUUUUCCGGCAUAGUGCAGGAGCUUAUUAGCGGCUACUUCCUUUUCCGAGCGAGGAGAGGGGGCCGUAUCGGCGCUCAAUCCACCCUGUACCUCCUGAUCGGGGUUUCCGCGCUCACGCCCUACCAGGGGGAGGCCGCUCACCGCGAGGCGAGGCACAGCAGCAUCGAGAGCAGACAAUGCACCGGGGAAGGGGGACACAGCGGCGCCCGAACUCACUUGAACAAAGGAAGGGCGGGCGGUGAACCGUGCAAGGCUCCCGCAGGAGAGUCCGGCACAACGCAAGGAUCGUUGUGGGGAGUCGUGGAGAACAGACGUGUAGCUCAAGGAUGCUUGCAACUCAUACGAGGCCUUGGCUUCUAA